AAAGACAUCUGACGAAGCUCCCGCAAGUCCUGACGUUCAUUUUGAACCGAUCGUCAACCUUCCCAAGAUAGAUGUCAAUUUCAAAGCACUGGAAGAAAACGAAGAAUUGCUCUUGAAACUGUAAGUCGCUGCGAAUCGCAAAUUUUCGUACCAGGUUGUCAGCUAGAUUCGUAAAUUGUCGAUCGGCAUACAUGCUCGCUGAUUUUGCCGUAAUUUUCCUUUUCCCUGUAUACAGACGUGCGAAGCUGUACCGAUUCGAAACCAGCGGUGAGGAAAACGAAUGGAAAGAGAGAGGAGUCGGUGAAAUAAAGAUUUUGAAAAAUAGUGAUAAGGGAACAUACAGAGUUCUCAUGAGACGAGACAAGACGUUCAAAAUAUGUGCAAAUCAUUACAGUGAGUAUGAUUUCGACGCCAUUAACGGUUAAAAUUACUCUGUACGGUUACACAAGUAUUGAAACUGUCGUCAUGGUAAAUUAAAGGAGUUUAAAUAUUCAAUUUAGAACAACUAAGCCUGGCUAAUUUUUUCUGACUCAAAAUCAGAAAGGGAGAGAGAGUGCAUUUUGCUGUCUGAAAAGUAACGAAUACACAUUUCAAUUUUCACGAGGAAUCAAUUCAUUACUUGCUAAUGAACUCAGUCAAUAGUCAAUUCAAAUUUCUGUACUGUUUGUUAUCAAUGAAGGGGCACCUGACCAAUGAGCAGGCUCUCUUUUUGCAUAGGUGUUAUUUCAACAAUUAAGCUUUGUAAAGUGAAUGUUAAGUUUCGUUUUUAUAAACAAUCCUUGACAUCAAAUUUAUACGUUUUAGCAUAACAAGUCAAUUGAUUAUCAGAUAAAAAAAUGUAUUUUCUGGGUCUCAUCAAUGUACUCCAGCCUACUUGUUUGAAAAAUUAACUUGUUGAAUGCUUAUUUUUUUUCUAAUUUAGUUUCUAAAGAUAUGGAAUUAAGGCCAAAUUGUGGUAGUGACAGAGCUUGGGUUUGGACAGCACCAGACUUUGCUGAUGAAGAAAUUAAAACAGAAACUCUGGCUAUAAGAUUUGCCAAUGCAGAAAGUGAGUAUUUAUAUCAGUUAAAUAUUCCUGUUUUAGAUAACAGUUACCUGUUUAAUUGUGAUAUUCCAGAAGCAAUCAUAUCCCUACGUAAAGGUAUGUGCUCAGGUUUGAACACCCCAUUCCUGUUUGGUUUGUUGUGAAAAAAAGAAAAAAAUAGAUUCUGAGCAUCUCCAUGGCAGGGUUGUAGCUAAGAAAUUAGGUUGCCUGCUGAAAUUUUAAGUGAGGCUACUUAAAGAUAGCAUUCAUUAUCAAACAAUUUUUAAGGGGGAUAACCUUGGGACUGUCAUUAGUGGUUUACCAAGCAAUUGCAGGUCAGAAAUCCAGCAUCAGCCAGUGUGUAGCAACAAUCCUGCAUGGUCAAAGGGGUUAAGGCAAUUCUAUAAUUUUUUAAUGAGGUCAAAGGUGUAAUUUCUCAUUUUCUACCUUUUCAUUCGGUGAAAUAUUUUAAUCACACAGAUGCUAAGAAGUUUAAAGAAGAGUUUGUCAAGGCCAGGGAUGAUGUUUCAACAAGCAAAACAACAAAUCCACAAGAAAGUAACAAGUUAGCACAAGAACUGGAAGGACUCAGUGUCAAGGAAAAUGAUGAUGAUGAAGACAAAGAAAAUAAAUCAGAAAACACAGACAAUGAAACAGAGAGCAAGACUAGUGAAACUAAUGAAGCAAAAGAAUCAACAAGUACAGUUACUGAUGAUGAUAAAAUCAAAGAGCAAGAAACCACAGAAGAUACACCUGAAAAGUAAAGCUUAGAACUGUUCAAGAGCGGAUAAUGUAGAAUAUAAUGUUGCCUUGCAACUUGCAAAUUUUCCUAUGCUACUGAAAACGUAGAAGAUAUCUUUAGGGAUACUUCAUAUUAAGUGUUAAUUUCCUUCUCUAUGGAGUAAUAUUUUGACUAUCUACUGUAAAAUCCGCCCAAAUUUGCAAAAAAUAUUCCAGUUUGCAGCAUUCUUAGCCUCUUUUUUCAUGGCUCCACUUAUUUGAUUAUCUAAGAAAUCUCAAAUACUUUUAUGAAACAAGCUUUAAGGCAAAAUUAACUCAUACUGGUGCAAUUAGACCCAAGGGACAUGCAAUGUAAGAUUAUUUUUGUUUUCUUUAAGGACAGAAUUGAAGUCUUUUUCUUCUCAUUUUGAAUCCUCUUUAGUGUUCACAUUGCAACUCUUUUCACAUAGCUCAUUUACUAAGAAACUAAGUAGUCCAGUCACACAAAUUGAGCUAAGAAUUACGUCAACAUUCUUCACUGUACUUGCUUGCUUUUGAAUUUCUCCCCUUGUGCUUAUGGAUGCAAUUAUGGUCAGCUGUAAUCAUUUUUCCCAUAUUAUUAAGAAGGUAACUGUAAAUAAAUCUAACCCCUGGCAUGUGAGCAUUUCAUCUUCGGUAAUGCUGUCAAACUUUUAAGCCAAGUGGCCUUUACAAUAACAGGUUUUUUUUAAAGUUAACAUUAAACUAAAAAUUAUAACAUCUUCCAAAGUUGCAACUAGAAAAUGAUAUAACAAACAACCAGUCACUCUACAAAAUUAGUUCAGAUGUAACUUGUAAGUUUUUCUCAAGCUCGUCAGAUUUUCAAGGUAUGUGUUUCCUACAUGCCAUAGGAUUUCUUGUUCUGUGUUCUUUCAUCCCAUCUCUAGACAAAAUUUCUUUGCUUUUGUAAGUGUUUUUUUAGGCAUUUUCAAUUUUUUUUGUAGAGAUUAGAUUAGGUUUCUUCUUUUCUGUUAGCAGUUAGUUUACUGGGAAAAUAGUAUUAUUUCUUGUCAACAUGUUGAGCAUGUUGAACAUAAGUAUUAGUUCCAGGUGAUUUCCAUUACAAACUUACAGUACUUAAAUUUUAGCCUGUGUUUGACAUAGUAUACUUUUAACACAUUAAUUACAAAUGCAGUAUAGUAAUAUUUAUGUAAUAUAAGGAAUAAAAAUUGGUACACAAGUUUGCUGUACAAAGUUUAUAACAAACAUCAGAACACGCUGAUGAAAGUUAUUACAAUGUCCUCUAAAAAAACAUGUUGGUCCAUCACAGGGUUGCCUGUGUAUUUCAUACCCAGUACCCCAUUAGAAUGAUGAAUUUCUAAUUUCUCCCAACAGUACUACCCCCAAAUCAAGCAUCUAGCUCAUGAGAAUAAAGGAAUUAAUUGCAAACUCAAGAAGCUCUCGAUUGUUGGACAAUUCUCUUUAAAAGUACCAUAGUAAAUGUAGAGAGGACAGCAUGAAUAAUUUGAAUAUUGGUUUCAGGGUGUUCAGGGGUAAGCAUCCUGACAGUUCAUCAGAGCCCAUUUACACACUAGGAUAGAGAGGCAAUGCAA